CACCGCCCCGCCCUGGGUCCUUCCUUGCAGGGUUGGUCGCAUCGCCUGCGUCGGUUGCAUUGCCCACAUCAGUCGCAUCCGCCCCACCAUGCAACGGCCGCUCGAUAUGGGCUCCGAGGCCUCGGCCAGCCCCACAGUCCCGCCGACCGAGGAAUCCCUCCGCAAGAUGCUCGACCGCGAGAGCCACUACAACGAGGCCUAUCGGUCCUGUCCUUGCCUGUACAAGAGCGAAUCGAUCACCAUCCCGCGGGACACCAUCACUGGCAUCGCCAUCGUCGCCGAAGGCCCCAUUGACGGCCUGAUUUGGUCUCGGGUCGACCACUAUUCCAUCGACGCCCGCAACAUUUCGAUCCGAUACAAUGUCUUCUCUUCCUCGACCGUUUCCAGCAGCUGCAUGCAAGUUCUGCCCAACACCGAAAGGGACCGAGGGGUUCCUGAGCGGUAUUCGCUGAAAAUCAAGCCAUCGCGCGAGCUAAUGUCAAAGGAAAAGUACAAGAACAUCAAGUUUUUCGUCGUCGUCGAGGUCAUCUUUCCUCCGCUCCUGCCGCACUCCAAGCAGCUCGGCCUGAAGCUCCAGUCCGAAUCCCUCGACAUUGUAGUCGACAAUGCGGUCGAGCUCUUGGAGCUGGAGCUCUCUUCCAAAUCGUCAUACAUCUUCGUCAAGAAUACGCUCGCCGAUCACAUCAACAUCUUCAGCGAGUAUGGUGCCAUACAUAUCGAGAAUAGCAAUGCUUCCCUCAGCAUUCUGAAUCCAAACGGCCCAGUGACGCUCAAGAACUCGUUUCUGGCUGCGCUUCAGAUUCAGUCGGAUCGGAAGGUUUCGUUAUCGAAUGUGCAAUCCCGGUCACUAUUUCUCUCGGGAUGCUGUGAACUUGAUAUCUUCGACUGUGAGAUCAUCGACAAAUGCGAGCUGGUAUCUUCGGGCAACAGUAAAAUCACGAUCAAUGGAAUGAUGACGCACGACUUUUUCACCAACAUCUCCAACGGCCAAUUCAACAUUGCGUCGAUCCAAGCUCUGGGGCGAGUGGCAUUGAUAGGCUCAGGCGGGUCCCUUGAUGCUGUGAAAGUGACUGUUCCCCAUCUCGAAAUCAAGUAUCAAGGAGAAGCCACUGGUCAGCUAGCGAGCGUUACCGGCCAGCACCUGCAGAUCGAAUGGGAUGGCGCGAUCCGAAUAAGCGAAUCGAGCAUCAUCAGUUUAAGCACCAGCAUGGAUAGCGGCCGCAUCGAGCUCGAGGAGGUCUCUAUCGAUGACAUUGUAGCGCUGCAUCUCAAGAAUCAGGCACGCUGUGUAUUAACAGGCGUCAGGACCGAGACCGCCGAGCUAAAUCUCACCGAAGGUGUGCUGGAUCUGAAGUCUUGCAAAGUCAAGAGCAAACUCGAAAUCACAAAUCUGAUGGGCACGACCAACAUCGAAGGCUUUACGGGAUCGUUACUGGGACUAUAUGGAGGCUUGCAAGUCACAAUCAAGGACUCUACUGUUGAGACCGUAUAUACCACAAGCAACCAUAGCGUGAAGAGCCUGGCUGUAUCGGGCUUGAGCGCCAAGAUUUUGGAGCUCUUCAGCGAGGGUGACAUCACGCUGGAGGCCCUCAAUGGCAAGGGCUCGGGAUCACUUCAAGUAACCACAACCCACGGCAACAUACACGGACAUGCGCUUGGGUAUCGGACCACAAGACUUCGCUCGGCUGAUGGCUCCAUCAACUUUGAGUUCCUGAAACCCAGCGGCGAAGACUCGAUCGUGGCCCAGUCAACCAAGGCCAACGUCGAUAUUGUGAUGUCGGACCAAUUCGUUGGCAUCUUUAGUGUCAAGACAGAGUAUGGCCAGGUCAAGGUCGACACGAAUUGCUUCAGCGACAACGAUGCAUUCUACGAGCUUGGUGUCAUCUUGGAUGAAGAGCGCUCAAAGGUCGGCGACAUCAAACGGCCAGGCUUCCCGGAGGGCACCAUGGAGUUGGUCUCGCUCAACGGCAAUGUCACCCUGACGUUCAAGCCAGAGACCCCCGCCGAUGGCAUCGUCGCUUGAGUGCGAUCUGUGUGGUUGCGCUGAAUCUCUGGGGGCUCGUCGGCGCGGCAUUCUUCUGAGAUGAUCCCCGUUUUCUUGAAUACAAGGCUCUAUCCAUCGCA